CAUUGGGUAAAUAACAAACCACCCACUUAUUUUGAAGCCUGCCGUUUAGGAGUCACGAGAAGUUUAACGGUUAGAGAAGCUCAAGGAAAAUGACACAAAUGAACCGGAUGAAAACGGCUUCACUGGAGUGGUUCUGACAAGCAGACGACGCCCGCUUGUAUCACAGGUGCCGUCCCGUACUUUGUUAGCCCACCUGCACUCGGGGCGGCUCGAGGAACCGCUGUGGCUGCUAGCGAAGCUCGUUAGCCGCUAACCACCGAUGCUAGCGAGCUAACUAGACGAAUCGCCCGACUAGAGCGACCAAGUGGCGGGCGUGAAGCUAACCACGUCAAGGCUGGUUUUGGAGGGCUGGUUGGCUGAAUUUAUUCCGUUGAGGAGUUUAUUUCCGCCCUUCUUCUACAGUGCUGCUCUUCUUCCCCGUUUCAUUGUGUCGGAGCGUCCUGACUGCAUGCACGCAUGCUAGCAACUGCCACAACUAGCUAGCGUAAGCUAAAGUGGCAGUUUUUGUUUUUGACGCUGUCGCCGGUACGAGAUUUCGGGACGCGGUUGUGUCACCAUGACGCGUGGUUAUUAAGUGGACUUUUUAAAUGUCGUGCAGCCCCUCUAGGAGAACCAGACGCGGAGCAUGCAGGAGAAGAAGAGAGUCCAGAUAAGUAGAUAGGGGACGCGACCGAGUUAAACUGGACUGCGAAGUCGAUUCGCCUCUGAUUAGGGAUUGCAUUUUGGUUGGCCCUGACAGAGAAAGGAAAGGAUGAAGAAGUUUUCGAGAAUGCCAAAGUCUGAGAGCGGUGGGCUCGGAGGGGCAUCCGGGUCCAGCUCCAGCUCCGGAGUCAGCAGCUACUUCGGGAAAGUGUUUUCAGUCGGCCGGUACCAAGUCACCGUGGAGGAGCUUGUUGCAGAGGGAGGCUUCUCUGUGGUGUUUCUGGCUCGUACGCACAGCGGUGUACGCUGUGCUCUCAAAAGGAUGUACGUCAACAAUGUCCCGGACCUGAAUGUCUACAAGAGAGAGAUCACUAUCAUGAAAGAGCUGUCGGGCCAUAAGAACAUCGUUGGUUACCUGGACUCUACGAUCAGUCCUGCGUCAGACAGCGUGUGGGAGGUCCUGAUCCUUAUGGAGUACUGUAAAGCCUACACGGCUUACAUAACGUUGCAGGGACACAAAAGAUUGCGGAGGCCCAGUCACGCAGUGCCAGGGGAAGUUGAGAAUAUCCUGCUGAAUGACCAAGGAAAUUAUGUGCUGUGCGACUUUGGCAGCGCCACUCACAGAGUUUUACUGCCACAGAAGGACGGCGUGGCUGCUGUGGAGGACGAGAUUAAGAAGUACACAACCCUUUCUUACCGCUCGCCGGAGAUGAUUAACUUGUAUGCAGGAAAAGCCAUCACCACUAAGGCUGAUAUAUGGGCACUUGGAUGCUUGUUGUACAAGCUGUGUUUCUUCGCACUUCCAUUUGGGGAGAGUCAAGUCGCCAUAUGUGAUGGAACCUUUAUCGUUCCAGAUAACUCCAAAUUCUCCUUCAAGUUGCACUGUUUAAUCAGAUAUAUGCUCGAACCAGACCAGGAGAAGAGACCUGACAUUUACCAAGUGUCCUAUUUUGCCUUCAAAUUAGCUGGAAAAGACUGUCCAGUGCCAAAUCUCUUCAACUCUCCCAUCCCGACGUCACUCCCUGAGCCUCUGACAGCCAGCGAGGUCGCUGCUAAGAAGAGCUUGACGAAAGCCAGGAUCACAGACUCUGUGGGCCCAACGGAAACAUCGAUAGCUCCCAGACAGCGGCCAAAGGCUGCAAACAGUAAUGUCCUGCCUCUCACUAACACUGUCACCCCUGUCAAGAUGACCGUGCCUUCAGCACCCGUCAGCAACGGCCAGAAAGCUCCCACUCCUGGCUCUGGGCAACCAUCCAUACAGUCUCAGCCUCAGCAACAGCCUCAGCCACAGGCCAGCAGUCAACAACACAGAGUCCUGCAGCAGCUACAACCUGGUGAUUUGCGUCUGCAGCAGCUACAACAGCAUCACCACCACCAGGCAGUGCAGCAACAACAUGCAAAUGCACAGCAACUCCAAUACCUCCAGUACCAACAGGCUGUGCAGCAGUCGCUUCAGCAGCAGCAGCAACAGGCCAUGCUCCAACAACAGCAGCAGCAACAGGCCAUGCUUCAGCAGCAGCAACAACAGGCCAUGCUCCAACAGCAGCAGCAGCAGCAGCAGAUGAUGUAUCAGCAGCAGGUUGCUCAGGCUCAGUACGCCGCCAUGCUGCAACAGUACCAACAGGCUUUUGUCCAGCAACAACAGCAGCAUCAGCAACAUCAUCAACAACAUCCACAGCAGCAGCAGCAUCAUCCUGCUCAGCAGCCUCUCCCCUAUAUGUCUUCCCCUCUUGAGUUCCAGAUCCCUCUGGGUUCCUACAAUGCGACCACACCCACCACAGGAACUGGAGCUGGUACUUGCCAGAUGGGGGGGCCAUCUCCUGUAGAUCCCUCAUACACUAACCCCAGGAACCCUCUGCUGUCCACAGAUGGGGUCACCCCUCCUUUGCAGAGCUGCAGCAGUGCAGUCAGCAACCCUCCCGAUAUGUCAGGCUGGAACCCUUUCGGAGAGGACAACUUUUCUAAAUUGACCGAGGAGGAGCUGCUUGACCGGGAAUUUGACAUGCUCAGAGCAAAAAAGCCAGCGGAGAGGACAACGAGCGUGGAAACUGACCGACCGCCGCCUGCCGCCGCAGCCAAGCUCCUUCCUCCAGAGGAUCUCUUCGGCUCAGUCCCAUUUGUGGCCAACGCAGGUACCAGUGCGCAGAAGGCCGAGCCGACCAGCGAGGAGGUCGGCGUUCCUGAACCUGCUGAGAGUCUGCAGCCGACCCACAAGGAGCACAAACCGAGCAGGAAGACCAACUGCAGGCCCGGCGACGAGUCCGACAGCGACUUCGAGUCUGACCCUCCUUCACCUAAGAGCAGCGAGGACGAAGAGCCGGAGGAAGAGGAGGCGUUGAACAGCGAGCAUGGUGAAGACACCGAGCCAGAGAAUUUUGGACAGAGGCCUUUGCUGAUGGACUCUGAGGAGGAGGGAGAGGAGGAUGAAGACAAACACAGCUCAGAUUCAGACUAUGAUGCCAGCAGGGUGAAGAACCGCUCAAAGAAACCUGCAGGAGCUAAAGGAGCGACUGCUGCCACCAGGAGUCCUCCUUCUGGGAUGGCUCUGAUCACGCCCCCAGAGUCCCCUGGUGGAGUGAGAGCUGUGGAGCCUGUGGAUGUUUUUGGUGCCGUGCCCUUUGUCGGAGGAGCUUCACCUGUGGAACCUCCAGAGGUCACAGAUAUCUUCACUAAAGCGCCUUUCAAGGUCGGCCAUGAUCAGCAGGCGGCAGACGAGUUUGACGUUUUUACCAAAGCGCCGUUCAGCCGGAACCUCUCGAGGUCGAGCAGGAGUGGCGGUGACGUCCCCAUGGGCCAAACGCCGCCAGUUUCUCCUGAGGGCAUCGAUGUUUUUGGCUUCUCUCCCUUCCAGCCAAGCCCCACCGCCCAACCUCCCACCACCUCCAGAAGUGCCGAAGACAUCUUCCGGACGCCCUUCGAGGAGUCGGCGAGUCCUCAGCAGCAGAGGCUGAAGCAGCGCAGCCUUCAGAAGCUGUCAUCCCGCCAGCGGAAGACCAAACAGGAAGCCACGGCUGGGGGCAGCAACGGCAAGCGGCACCACGGCACACCGACGGGAGGGCGCAAGACUAACAAGCCGACCUAUCGCACGCCCGAACGAGUCCGCAGACACAAGAAGGUCGGCCGCAGAGACUCGCAGAGCAGCAACGAGUUCCUCAGCACCUCUGACUCUAAGGAGAACAUCAGUGUGGAUAUAACGAUGGCCGAGGGAGCGUCUCUGCCGGUGGACGACGCCCUUUUAGACCCGUUUGGAGCCAAACCCUUCCACCCUCAGGACGGCGGCCGACACAGCCAGUACCAAGGCCUCAGCGACGGAAAAGGCGACAUCGGCACGGCCAACGGUAAGUCCUGGACGGGCUCUCUGCACGGAGAGAGCCGAAUCAUGGAUGACUUCGGGGCGGUGCCCUUCACAGAACUGGUCAUCCACAGUGGACCUCAGCAGCAGGCGGCGCCCUCACAGCCGCUGGACCUCGACCCCUUCGGAGCCGCACCUUUCCCCUCAAAGCAGUGACUCCACCUGCGUCUUCCCGCUCUGUCGGCUGCUUUCCUUUUCUUGGUUUGGGAUCAUUUUUAACCAACAAGCUAAAACUUUUUUCUAAGAGCGUUUUAAUACACCAGAGUCUGGAUAACAAACCCUGUGGAGUGCGAGUGGCGUUUCCACAUAUCCUUCAGCUGCACAUGUUUUUGAAAAGCCUUUAAUGCUGCAUCUGAACGCUGUUUGGAACCAAAAGAAAAAUGUGAUUCUGAGCUUCGCGUUCGACCGCUCGUCUUGCUGUGAAAAGCUCUCUCCGGCCCGCCUUCUGAUCUGCCGACAUGUUUUUGUUUUUAGCACCACGAAGCCUUACCUGAGCUCGGCUCUGCCUUGCUUCAUAGUACCUCGGAAACCACGACGCCGUCAGCCUCGCGCGUCUUUUGAAAUCAUUUGGGAGUUUUCCUGAACCUCUUAGUUCUGUCUUUAUGCAUAGAGAAGAAUCUAAUAAUGUCACAGUAGUCUUUAUGCAGCUAAAUGUGGGUGUGGUUUGUGAUGCAUUAGAAGGGAUUGAAUCUUGUUCUUCUUCUUGGAGCUCUUAAUUGGGUCAGGUUUAAAUUUAGGAUCUUAACUCUUUUUUUUUUUUUUUCUAGCAGUAAGAACUCUAAUUGUUUUUUAUUUUUUUAAGUAAGUUACAACUCAACAUUUCUCUGUUAGAAAUAAAGCACAAAGCCACGUUAGAGGACUAGUUUAGGAUUUAUGAGCCCUGCAGAAGCUGUACCGCUGUUUUCCCAGCAUUGUCACUGACCUCGGCAUUUUACGUCAUCGGGAAUUUCACCGUUGGUAAACUGAUAGGUUUGCAGGUUUAGUGUGAACAAGUCCCAUGAAAGAACUAAAGCCAGUCAAGUGUUUCAAGUAAUUUUCGCUCUAACCCCAAAGUUUGUAGCUGUUACAGGUGCAUGUGAGACUUGCUCACAUUAGCUGCUCUGUGAAGGUGCUUGUUGUACAUUUGUAUAUUUAAAAGUAGCGUAAAAGCUUUAAAAUUGACUAAAAAUGUCACCAGAAUGUGAAGAAAUAACUGCUAUGACAAAAAGGACUUUGUUGUGCAGAAGCGAUAUCAACUGAAGUUGAAUUAGAGCCGGGCUGUACUUUCAUGUAAUACCAAUCAGCACCACAAGAUGGUGCCGUGAGUCAAUGUACCAGAAUUAAAAUGUAAAAACCUCUUGAGAAAAUUGGGGGUAUGAAUUAAGAAGAAAGGGUGAAAUAACAGUGCGACUUCAGAUAAACCCAACUUGUUUCUCUUGGGUUUUCAUUUAACCCCGUCUGUGAGCGCAGCCCCACUCAAACCAGUUUUUACCAGUUUGAGAGCAAUAGUUUGGUGUUUGAACAGUACGGUUUUUCUUUCCAAGCUUUAAAUAAUUCAUAUUUAGAGGCGCUGCUUUAACUUAAAGCUCAUCUUUGUAGCCAGGAGGCAUAAAAAAAAUUAGAAAACAGCACACGAUUAGUUUGUUUUUCAGGCUAGGAGUGGAACUUUUGGUUAUUUUGUAGCCGUUUGAUAAUUAAAACUGUCCUUUAUGUUUAAAGAAAUAAAAUCCCACUUAACUAUUUUAACCAGUUAAGAUUUUUUUCAUACAGUCCGUCUUUUUGUGCUGACUGAUUUAUGGUGCUGACCAACAAGUUAUUUUGCCUGUUUCACCAUCAUAUGUGGAUAAUUCCUGGAAAUGAGCUUAUGGAGUAGAUUUAACUAUAAAUACAGAAAGAAGAGUAGCAAGGAACUUUUUCCGCCUCCUUAAACUAUCAGACUGCUCUCUUAAAAGCAAAAUUCCUCAUUGCGUUUUAUUAAGGACCCUACAGUAAUACAGGCCGGGGAGCAGAUUCAGACUGUGAGGGGAAACGAUGCGUUGGAUGAUUCGAUGUUUGGUUCUGCAGUGAGCGUAGUACUCGUGGCAGCAGGACUCUGUGGGACAGGUUUUAUUGGUUUAUCGAGCUCUGAUUACUUGCGUCACGGUUUCAUGUCUUGAUGGGAUUUGUUCAGUUUGGUUUUUUGCCUUUGCAGAAUGAGGUGCAUUCAUAAAGGGCAAAACAUGUUAUUCAGGUUUGGUUUUUGAUUCUUGAUGAAAUCUUCCUUAAACAACUUUGUGCUUCUUCAUCGACCGCCUUAAGCACUGCAUUUAGCUCCACCACCGUUGGCACAUUUGUUUGAAUGAAACCAGCAGCCUGCUCUGUUUUUCUUUUUUUACACCAGUUGAACCAUUUCAUACGACCGCUCCCAUCUUUGUUUUUGUUUUUUUCACCAGGGUAAGUCUUGUAUUGUAUUUAUCAUGCUAUACUGCUGUUGGACGCAAUAAAUAAAGUUUCAUCUCAAACAUC